AUCUAAGAGCAUCUUCAAUCAAUAUGUCAAAAGUGCCACAUAGAUAUUUAACGGCUAGAAUUAACAUCUCAUAUUACUCCAACCGAAUUGUCAAAGCUUAUGUGGAAUGAAGGCCGGAGGUUCAUUACUUUUGACAUCCCAAAAAGCAAGAUGUCAAAUGAAUAUUUUAUUAUUUUUUUAAAGACAGUUGGCUGUUACUUUCAUUUAUUAUUUUCCUUUUUUAUUAUUUUCUUCUUUAUCUUGAAUGAUUUGACUGUUACAAAUUUUUUCCUUCUUUAUCUUUCCAAUUUAUUUCCUAUCUUGAAUAAACACUGAAAUGUAAUAAAAUAAUAAUUUAAUUUGACAUAUCAGGUGGAGUGUAAAACUGUGUAAUUGUCAAAUUGCCACAUCAACCAUUAAAUUUAAAUUUGAUGUUUGGUAUUUGACAUCUCCCUUGGCAAUGCUCUAAGAUCAUGGAUAAAUACUCUUAACCACUUGAGUUACAAGUUCCUUAUGGAAAAAAUUGUCUAUCUAAUAGAAAAUUCAUUGAAUUAGUUAUAACAUGAAUUUGAACAUAAUGAAAAAGAAAAAAGAAAAAAAAAAGGAUACAGAGAAAAACACAAAUAGAAAGACACAAAGAGAAGGCCGAAAAACACAAAUAGAAAGGCGGUUACCAUUCUCUUAUAAGGUUCCAACAAACAUUGCCGACUCUCUACUUUUUUUGUUAUCCUAAUAUUUGGUUUUUAAGGAAAGAGAAGAGAGUAAAUCACUUGCAACUCUUACCAUAAAUGAAAGGUUAAUCUGCAUCCCAACGAACGUGAGCCGCCGUAAUACAUGUUUCGGAGCUUUCAACAGACACAAAGUAAACAAUAAAAUUUGAAGUUGUUGGUACCAAUUAUCCUAGAAUCUCUUUCUCUUUAAUUGGAUAUUUGCAUUGUGAAAUUAUCGUCUGCAAUUUUAAAAGGAAAAAAAAGAAGAAGAGAGAAUCCAUUUGGGUUGGAAGGCCGAUUAAGUGUAUUGCCUUUAUAAAUUAAGGGACACCAGAGCCUUGCAUUUAUUUUGUACUUUUGCAAAUAGAUACUCUCCAAUUAAUGCUUCUUGCGUCUCCUCUGAAUUCUCUGUUCACUUCCUGUUGAUUUUUACUUCCACCAGCCUCUUUCUUUGCUCUGUCUCUCUGCAACUUUUCACAACGCUUAAAUGUUUUGGUUGUGUUACUGUGAUUCUUUAUUCAUUUCCGGCAAGUGAGCUCCCAAAUUCUGUUCUUUCUUGAAAUUCAUUGAGUUUGGAGAGUUGGGUUUGUGUUUUUCCUCAUGGGUACUGCUUCUGCUGGGUACCCAUCUGGAAUUACUUCCCAUUACCGUGGAAAGUUUGGGGCUUUUCCUCAAAAAGUCGAGUUCAUUGGCUCUAAUUUUCCACUUCAUGUGGAAUUUCCGAGAAGUAACUUGUACCCAAGGUCUGUUUCCACCACGACAUCCAAGGAAAUAGUGUGUCCAAAAUGUUCUCUGCCUGAUAGUGGCGAAUUUUUCUCUGAUGAAGUCUCGACACCCAUUCUUGAUUCGGUUGAAAAUCCUAUCCACCUGAAGAACUUGUCUCUUAAAGAACUGAAACAGUUAUCUGAUGAAAUUCGUUCAGAGUUGUCAUCAAUAAUGUCAAAAACAAGAAAGUCUUUUAAAGCUAGCUUGGGAGUAGUAGAGUUGACAGUUGCCAUGCACCAUGUUUUCCAUGCUCCUGUGGACAAGAUACUAUGGGAUGUUGUAGAACAAACCUACGUGCAUAAAAUUCUAACAGGAAGACGGGACCUCAUACAUACAGUGCGACGAAAUAAUGGUCUUUCUGGUUCUACAUCUCAAUCCGAAAGUGAAUAUGAUCCAUUUGGGGCAGGGCAUGGGUGCAGCAGUGUUUCUGCUGGACUGGGCAUGGCAAUUGCACGGGAUAUUAAGGGAAAGCGGGAACGUAUUGUCACAGUCAUCAGCAAUGGGUCAACAGUAGCUGGUCAGGUCUAUGAGGCAAUGGGUAAUGCAGGUUAUUUGGACUCAAAUAUGGUAGUAAUUUUAAAUGACAGCAGGCACUCUUUACACCCAAUGAUUGAGGAGGGCCCCAAGACAGCCAUUAAUGCUCUGUCUAGUACCCUAAGCAAGCUCCAGUCAAGUAAAUCAUUUCUGAAGUUUAGAGAAGUUGCUAAGGGUGUUACUAAAAGAAUUGGUGGAGGUAUGCAUGAAUUGGCAGCUAAAGUUGAUGAGUAUGCACGUGGUAUGGUCGGUCCACUAGGAUCAACUCUUUUUGAAGAGCUUGGAUUGUAUUACAUUGGCCCUGUUGAUGGACACAACAUUGAAGACCUGAUUUGCGUUCUACAGCAAGUGGCAUCACUGAAUUCAAUGGGUCCUGUUCUGGUCCAUGUGAUAACGGAAGAAAAUCGGGGACUGGAAAACAACCCAAAGAGUGGGGUGGCAUACAGGCAGCAGGAAGGUUUGAGUAAUUCUGAUGAUUUACCGUCCAAAGUUCGCCCUAGAACUUAUAGCGACUGCUUUAUGGAGGCUUUGGUUAUGGAGGCAGAGAAAGACAAAUAUAUUGUGACUGUUCAUGCAGGAAUGCAUAUGGAAUCAUCAUUUCACCUAUUCCGUGAAAGAUUUCCCGACAAAUUUUUUGAUGUGGGAAUGGCUGAGCAACAUGCAGUUACUUUUUCUGCUGGUUUGUCACGUGGAGGAUUAAAGCCAUUUUGCAUAAUUCCUUCUGCAUUUCUACAGAGAGCUUAUGAUCAGGUGGUUCAUGAUGUAGAUCGGCAAAGAAUUCCUGUGCGUUUUGUCAUUACAAGUGCAGGAUUGGUUGGAUCUGAUGGUCCCCUGCAAUGUGGGGCAUUCGAUAUAACAUUUAUGUCAUGCUUACCAAAUAUGAUUGUCAUGGCACCGUCCAAUGAGGUUGAGCUUGCCAACAUGGUGGCCACUGCAGCCUACAUUGAUGAUCUUCCAGUUUGCUUCCGAUAUCCUAGGGGAGCCGUAGUUGGAAUGGAACAUUCUAUAUGCAGUGGGACCCCUAUUGAGAUCGGAAAGGGGAAAAUUCUCACAGAGGGUAAAGAUGUGGCAUUGCUUGGAUAUGGAUCAAUGGUUCGGAACUGCCUUAAGGCUCGGUCUCUUCUUUCAAAGCUUGGCAUUGAGGUAACAGUUGCUGAUGCAAGGUUCUGCAAGCCCUUAGACAUCAACCUUCUUAGGCAGCUUUGUCGAAACCACUCAUUUCUAAUCACGGUCGAGGAAGGCUCUAUUGGAGGAUUUGGAUCUCAUGUUGCGCAGUUCUUUGCGCUUGAUGGACGGCUUGAUGGAAGCAUUAAGUGGCGACCAAUUGUUUUACCGGACAACUACAUUGAGCAUGCAUCCCCAAACGAACAGCUAGCUAUUGCUGGGCUGACCGGACAUCACAUAGCUGCAACAGCGUUAAGUCUGCUUGGCCGAAAUCGUGAAGCCCUCCACUUAAUGUGCUAAGCACCUGCACUUCUCUGCCAUUUGCACUGAGACUCUGCUGGUUAGCAGAAGAAAGGGAAAGACAGAUAGAAGCUCAAGCAGCCUUAAUUCUACCAAUGUUUAGGAAAUUUUUUCCCGUACCUAUUUGUAUAUAAGUGCUUCUCACAAGUUUUUGAUAUAAUUGUACAGCGGCAAUGUCACAAUGGAAAUGCAUGUUUGUUGAUAUGCAUUAAGAGUUAUACUCUUCAGCCCAACUAAAUACUUUAGAAAUUUAAUAUCAUGUUCUUAAAUCUACUGUAAUAAAUUGAAGAUUUGCAAUCAUAGCUUAACAAAGCUAAGGCCA